AUGACCGCAGCGCCACGGUAUGAGAUCGAACACCAUACCACCAGCAUCCGGGACGAUGAUCGCGAUGCACGCUUCAAGGUCCGCCGAAACGGCAAGGCCUUUUACCCCAAAAUUUCGCCGUCCCAGUUUGUUAACUCUCCCAUGAUGACGGAUAAGUACCUGUCGUAUCUGGAGGUACUCCGAUCAGGCGAAGAGGUCCUUGGUGACAUCUACGACACCGACGUCUACGAAUGGGUCAUGGCCCCAUUUGAGCUACUCUUCGCCGAGCUUGCGCCCAGUCCACCAGGACUCCCAGAGGACGUCAGUAUCACUUUGAAGGAUCAUCUUUUCCCAGAGUUCUUCGUCUUUGCCCUGGAUAUUGUUGCUGAAAAGCUAUGUCCACGUCGUAUCGCAGCAGAACAGUCCCCUCAUCGGCCGUCAUUCGUCCGCUUUGAUAACGACUUCCUUGACGAUCUGGAGACAUGGACAGCCUUCUACGAUCCCGCCGGAAUCAUGUUGAGCUUCAAAGAUGCCAAGGAUGCGCUCUUUAAGCCGCCCAACAAGGUUCUUAUCGAUAACUGCCAGACUGAAUGCUUUUUCAAGCCAUGCAACUUUGUAGUUCAAAUUAAACAGGAGCUUAAAUCCUAUAAGAUAAUUCACGCCGCCGGCUUGGAUUCUCAACUAUACCUAUGUCAUCUGUACGGCGUUGUUAUGGAUGACUCUAGCUUUAUUCUCGGCCUUUUGUUAACUUACAUUGACAACGGGGAUCGCCCAUUGUCUACGAGAAUCCAUCCUGACGAUCCCGACGACCCCCCGGCUGGGAUCAGAGAACGGUGGGUAGGCCAGCUUGAUGAUACCCUCUCAGGGCUGCACAAGGCUGGCAUAGUCUGGGGAGACGUCAAGGCAGAAAACGUUUUGGUGGAUAAGGAUAACAAUGCGUGGAUUUCUGAUUUUGGCGGUGGCUAUACCGAGGGCUGGGUCGAUAGGCAGAUGGCAGGGACUGUAGAAGGCGAUUUGGUGGGUAUGGCUAAGCUGAAGAAACUCAUCUUUCCCUCUUGCUUAUUCCCAAAUCUUGUAUUAAACCAGAACCAUGGUCCAGAACCUAGUCCCGCCAGUAUUACGAAAACAUUUGGUUCCUCUGAUAGAGAUGUCGAAUGGUGA